AGACCGGUGUCCACGGCCCAAGCGCUUGCUAGUAGCGCUCGGCGGGGUGGCAGCGCUCGGCGCGGUGGAGACCGUCAUGGCACGGCGCUCGUGCUUGGGCUCUGCGAUCGUCGUGCUGUUGCUUUCCUGCAGUCUGUCUUUCGUGCCUGGCCCUGCGAGAUGGCCGGCGUGGGCCGCUGCUUCCGCCUGCCUAGCCCCCGCUGCUGCCUGGGCACAAGAGAAGCAAGAUUGGAUCACCAUGAUGAUGAAAGAUGCCACGGAAGAGGAGGACCCCAGGAAGAUCAACCUUGGUGAAUAUCAAGGGGAUGCCCCCUACUAUGUGUUUGCCACUGUUGGAUCGAUCUUCUUCGCGGUCACGGUCUGGCAGUCCUGGCAAGACACCUUCGGCGGUGGCCUGGGAGAGAAGCCGCCCACGACGGCAGAUGAUUAUUUCAACCCAGACUUCGAUCCAUACAAAGGGAUGAACAUCAAGCGAGAUCCGGAGACCGGAGAGCCGGUGUACCCCGAGAAGUGAGCGGGCUUCCGGAGCUGGCGCGAAGAAGUGCCAAGCGGUUGAAAACCAUUUGGCGAAGGAAAUGCUUAGCCAGUUGCAGCGGCAGGCAGACAGAGGGUAUUCUCACACAUAAGAC